UAAGCGGCUGUUUAGCUACGUGACGCAUCCAGCGAUUAUUUGACUAAAACCGUAAAACACGUAUUUAAGCGUACAACGUGACAACGUAAACAAAACGGUGUCAAACGUGAAAAUUUACGUUAAAGUUAGAAAUACUACGGAGAGGAUAGUAGUUUUGUCGCGAUAAUGAGAGGCGUUUCUUCAUAUGGGGACAGAGACAGGGACCGUGGACGAGACAGGCCACGGUUUGGGGCCAUGAGCGGUCGCACUGGACCCCCACCAAUGAAGUUUGGGAAUCCAGGUGAGCGUCUCCGCAAGAAGAGGUGGAACCUGGACGAGCUGCCAAAAUUUGAGAAGAACUUCUACACUGAGCACCCUGAGGUCCAACGCAUGAGUCCGUAUGAAGUGGAAGAAUAUCGCAGAAAGAAGGAGAUCACCAUCAGAGGCUCUGGCUGUUCAAAGGCGAUCACUGCUUUUCACCAGGCGCAGUUUCCUCAGUAUGUGAUGGAUGUGCUGAUGCAGCAGAACUUCAAGGAGCCAACAGCGAUCCAGUCUCAGGGUUUCCCUGUGGCCCUGUGCGGCAGGGACAUGGUGGGGAUUGCACAGACGGGCUCCGGAAAGACGCUGGCUUAUCUUCUUCCUGCUAUUGUACACAUCAACCACCAGCCCUAUCUGGACAGGGGAGAUGGUCCAAUUUGUCUGGUCCUCGCCCCAACCAGAGAGCUGGCUCAGCAGGUUCAGCAAGUCGCAUAUGACUAUGGCAAGUCUUCCCGGAUAAAAAGCACCUGCGUCUAUGGUGGAGCACCCAAAGGACCACAGAUUCGAGACCUCGAGAGGGGUGUUGAGAUCUGUAUUGCCACACCUGGCCGCCUCAUUGACUUCUUGGAGGCUGGGAAAACGAACCUGCGGCGCUGCACCUACCUAGUGCUGGAUGAGGCUGACCGCAUGCUGGACAUGGGCUUUGAGCCACAGAUUCGCAAGAUAGUUGAACAAAUCAGGCCUGACAGACAGACCCUGAUGUGGAGUGCAACCUGGCCGAAGGAUGUUCGGCAGCUUGCCGAGGACUUUCUAAAGGACUACAUCCAGAUUAAUAUUGGAGCUCUGGAGCUCAGUGCCAACCACAACAUCCUGCAGAUUGUUGAUGUCUGCAUGGAAACGGAAAAGGACCACAAACUUUUUCAGCUGAUGGAGGAGAUAAUGGCAGAAAAAGAGAACAAAACCAUCAUCUUUGUGGAGACUAAGAAGCGUUGUGAUGAUCUUACCAGGAGGAUGAGGCGGGACGGGUGGCCAGCCAUGUGUAUCCAUGGAGACAAGAGCCAGCCAGAAAGAGACUGGGUACUUGCAGAAUUUCGAAGUGGUAAAGCUCCUAUACUGAUUGCUACGGAUGUGGCUUCUCGUGGUCUGGAUGUGGAAGAUGUCAAGUUCGUCAUCAACUAUGACUAUCCCAGCUGCUCUGAGGAUUAUGUCCACCGUAUUGGACGUACGGCCCGCAGUACCAAAAAGGGCACCGCCUACACCUUCUUCACCCCAGGGAACUUGCGGCAGGCCCGAGACCUUGUCCGGGUUUUGACAGAGGCCCGGCAGGCCAUCAACCCUAAAUUGCUUCAGCUCGUGGACUCAGGGCGUGGUGGAGGAGGAGGGGGUGGCAGAAUGCGUUUCCAUGGCAGAAGCUCCAACAACCCAAACCUCAUGUACCAGGAGGAGUGUGAUCGGCGCAUGCGCCCUGGUGGUGGCAGCAGCAGUAAAGACAGCCGCAGCGGUUUCAGCCAUGACAGCCGCAACAGCCGUGAUGGAGACCGCUCCACUUCCUCCUCCUCUUCCUCCUACAGGGACAGAAGCCGGGAUCGCCGAAAUAGCUACAACUCUGGCUCAGAUCAGUACGAGAGUUACAGUGGCAGCGGGAGCUACAAUUCCCACAGCGGAGGCCAGUCUGGUGGAGGUGGAGGUCAGGAUCAAUCUAGUCAGCCGCAGGGUCAGUUUGGCCAGCCGCCGCUUCCUCCUCCUCUACCUACACAAUCAGGGGGGCUGCAGCCUCUGAUGGCUCAGCAGUUUGUUCCACCACCGCUCAUUGGCUUCAUUGGGCAACCGCCUUACGCUUUUCCUUCUCCACCCCCUCCUCCUCCAGGCCCUCCACCUCCCCGAAAGUAGAAUUGUAAAAAAAGAAGUGCGGAGUUAAUUUGCGCUGUUAGUAUGUUAACAGUGUAACUUUGUUUUUACUUUCCAAUUUGUGUCUAAGAAGCAGGAGUUUGCCAAGGCAUUUAUUUAAUUAGGUAAGGGCUUUAUUUUCUAUUUGUUUUUGAAUAUGCCCUGUGUGUGGAUUUAAAAUAUUCCUUUAGAAAAGGAAACCUAUGUACCAUGGAGGAACAACUUUGUUGUGGUUUAAUUUUAAACAAACCCAUCAGUGCAUUUCACCAGUUUGUUGUCCCUCUUUAGUUUAAGCAUUCCAAAGUCAAGGCUUUGUUUAAGUUCAAAAUCUGUGUCAUUUUGUUUGAGGGAACCAUUAUAAUUAUUGCAUUGAUUUUAGGUUUGUGUUAAAACACUAAAGCAAUGCUUCCAUGUUGUGGAUCUUCUCUUUUUUUCUAUUUUUUUUUGUAUGUGUAAUGGACUGUCACAAGAUUAAGAUACAUUUGUUCAUGCAUGCCUUUACUUUUACCUGCCCUGUAGUCAAAACUGAUGUUUCUUUUGACUGGUAGCUGUUUAACUCGCAUUUCAUUUUAAUGAGCAGAUCAGCUGAUGUAUUUUCAUGUUGAUUUUUGACUAAAUUGCAGUUUGUUGCUUGUUUCCUCUUUCAUUCAUUGUGUUCUUUUUAGUGUUUCUUAAAAAAUAAAGGAAUCAAAGCUU